UUAAUAAACGAAGUCAAGUGAUAUUUUUCAUAUGAUUUUGCUUUAAAAACUAAUUUCUUGUCAUUUUUUCCACUUGAGAACGAUUAAAAGCGUGACAUCGAGUUUAGCAUAUUGUGCAUUAGGAUACUAUUUAUGAAAAUUGUUGUUUAUUCGUCGUUUAAUUUGGAUAUUUUGCAAUGAGUGAGAAAGUAUCCGUCGCGGAACAGAAUGCUGCCAAAGAAUUCAUCAUUUCGUUUGUGGAGAAGUGUGGUGGUAUAGUUUAUGAAAGUGUUGAAAGUUUACCGAAACAGUCAACUUCACUGCAUUGUUCAAAGGAUGAAAUCGAAGGGGAAUGUCUGUACAUCGCUUUGGAGUAUCUACGAAACAGUGGUGCUCCAGAAAUAGUGGCAACAACAGCUGCACACCAGACUAUUGUGAAACUACUAAAACAAGAUCUUCAGUCAUUCGAGGAAGAGAUCUCUGUAUUUGAUAAAAAAACUGAUUCGGACGAAGAAGAUGAAUCAAAAAUCCCGAGAAAAAAUAUAAAAGCUGUGAACUGUGGUAAAUUGGCAAUUGCAACUAUCAAUGCAGUUCAUGAUGUUUGUAAGAUGUGGAAAGAGAGUAUGCCAACACUGUAUAAAUCUAGAAAUACAUACGAGGUUUACAGUCAUUCAACACAAAAUACAAGAAGGAGAAUGGAGGAUAGACAUAUGGUUAUCACUGAAUUCAACAAUCUUUUUGGUUUAAAUGAGGAGUUUCCUAGCCAGGCUUAUUUUGCUGUGUUUGAUGGUCAUGGGGGUGUUGAUUGUGCAAAUUACACAGUUGCUCAUUUUCAUAACAACAUUGCAAAGCAAGAUGAGUUUACUACUGAUCUGGAUGAGGCUUUGUCCAAAGCCUUCCUUUCCACAGACAAACAUUUCACAGAGAAAGCAAAAAAUGAGAACUUACGUGCUGGAACAACAGGUGUUGUAGCAAUGUUGAAGGGUAACACACUAAACAUAGGAUGGUUGGGGGAUUCUCAAAUAUCACUGUGCAAGCAAGGACAAGCAGUUGAAUUGAUGCAGCCGCAUAAACCAAACAGAAAGGAUGAACGAAAACGUAUUGAAGAUCUGGGUGGGUGUGUCAUAUGGAUAGGAGAUUGGCGUGUGAAUGGAAAUAUUGCUGUAUCAAGAUCUAUCGGAGAUAAAGAUCACAAACCAUAUGUUUCAGCUGAUCCUGAUACACGAGAAUUUGAUCUUGAAGGUGAUGAGGAAUACCUUAUUUUGGGCUGUGAUGGAUUGUGGGAUACAAUCGCAGCUCCUGAGGUCAUCAAAAUGGUGCAAGAUCAUUUAUCCAGUGGUGGCAGUCGUUCUUCUGUUGCUAAAUUUCUUGUGGAUCGCGCAAUUGAACAUGGCUCAACAGAUAAUGUUAGUGUAAUAGUUGUAUUCUUAGAUUGUCAUAGAACUGUCGGUGAAGAAGCCCCAAAGACCGCAGCAGCUGAGAGUGCUAGCGAAGGAACUGGGGAAAAGAAAUCUGUGGAAACUCCUGGAGGCACAGAACAGGGGCAUGGUGAAGAGAAAAUGAUAGAAAAUUAGGUAUCCUGCAUUAAAAUGUACAUAUAUAAGAUCUGCUCUGUGAUAGACACAAGAGAUCUUUCAGCCUUGAUGUUAUUCUAAGAAACAUUUGUCAUAAUACGAUUUGUUACAGAUAUGAUCUGCCCUUGUGGCAAUACAGACCAUCUUCAGUAAUCAAAACCAAAAUUGAAAAUAGAUAUUGAUCUGUGCAGUGGAUUUCAAGAGAGCAUGAGGCUAACUGCAGGUGCAUGAUUCCUUUUCAAUUUUGCUGUUGAUUACCGGAGAUGUUUGGAAUGAGACUGGGAAAGGACACAAUUUUGUAGUUUUGCAUGGUGAUGAAACAAUAUAAAUAUUUUUCUUAAACACACCAUGUAAAUAGUAAGUAAUCUAUGUGGUAUAUCCAUUGACAUUUGUUUUUAAAACAUA